UUCAAAUCGUCGUCAAUCAUCUCCAUUUUCAAAGAAAGAAAACUCCACCAACAACGUGAGCAUCAUGAGUAUAUCAAUGGCAACUUCUCCUCACACUCGUCUCCUCCAUAACACCAACAUUUUCAACCACCCCACCAAAAACAAUACCAACCUUCUCUCAUUCUCCUUCAAACCCAUCUCAAUCAAAUGCGCCACCCACCCCCAACAAGAUCGCGUCUUCAACUUCGCCGCCGGUCCCGCCACCUUACCAGAAAACGUCCUCCUCAAAGCCCAAUCAGAGCUCUAUAACUGGAACGGAUCCGGCAUGAGCGUCAUGGAAAUGAGCCACAGAGGCAAAGAGUUUCUCUCCAUAAUCCAAAAAGCUGAAUCAGAUCUACGUACCCUUUUGCAGAUCCCAUCUGAAUACUCCGUUUUGUUCCUCCAAGGUGGCGCCACCACCCAAUUCGCCGCCUUGCCUUUAAACCUCUGCACCCCACAGGACACCGUCGAUUACAUCGUUACCGGUUCCUGGGGUGAUAAAGCAGUUAAGGAAGCACAAAAGUAUUGUAAUCCGAAAGUAAUCUGGUCUGGGAAAUCUGAAAAGUAUACAAAGAUUCCAUCUUUUGAUGAUUUUCAACAAAACCCAGAUGCUAGAUAUUUGCAUAUAUGCGCAAAUGAAACUAUUCAUGGAGUUGAAUUUAAGGAUAAUAAUUACCCGAACGCUAAAAAUGCUACCGGGAUUUUGGUUGCUGAUAUGUCUUCCAAUUUCUGUUCAAAGCCUGUUGAGGUCUCUAAAUUUGGAGUUAUUUAUGCUGGCGCUCAGAAAAAUGUAGGACCCUCUGGUGUAACAAUUGUGAUCAUAAGGAAAGAUUUGAUUGGGAAUGCUCAAAGUUUUACUCCUGUGAUGCUUGAUUAUAAGAUACAUGAUGAAAACAAUUCACUCUAUAAUACUCCUCCUUGUUAUGGUAUAUACAUGUGUGGUUUAGUUUUUGAGGAUCUUUUGCAACAAGGUGGUUUGAAGGAGGUUGAGAAGAAUAACAAGAAGAAAGCUCAGAUUCUGUUUGAUGCUAUUGAUGAGAGUGGUGGCUUUUAUAGGUGUCCUGUGGAGAAAUCUGUGAGGUCAUUGAUGAAUGUGCCUUUUACUUUGGAGAAACAGGAAUUGGAGGGUGAGUUUAUUAAGGAAGCUGCUAAGGAAAAGAUGGUUCAGCUUAAGGGACAUAGAUCUGUUGGUGGUAUGAGAGCUUCUAUAUAUAAUGCUAUGCCUUUGGCUGGAGUUGAGAAGUUGGUUGCUUUCAUGAAAGAUUUUCAGGCCAAGCAUAUGCUUAGAUGAGGAUCAUAAUUCAUACUCCUAUGUCUAUAGAACAAACACUGGAAUUUAGUAACUUUUGUGUUUGUUUUUUCUAUGCUAAUUAAAAUAGGUCUCUGUCUGUUUUUUGCUUUUUGGUAUUCUUCUUCUUGUGCUUACCUUGUCUCUGAUAUGUUUUGAUAUUCAAAUCAGGUUGGGUUGCACUAGUGUUUUCAUUAUCUACACAAGUUUCUAUGGAUUUAACUAUUAUGGUAAAUUAUGUAGAAACUACAAAUACCUUGAUGUAUUCCAGAAAAGACUCCAAGGAAAAGGAAUAGUAGUACACAAGGUGCAAGUUGUCAUAUACGAAUUAAUUUGUACCAAUUCAAGGUUAAGAAUACGAGCAUGUGGAUGAAAGAAAAAAAAAGGGGACAAAAGCAUGCAAAGUUUGUUUUUUGUUUUGACAAAAUAACAAUGUUGACCAACCAACAUUGUAUUUAUUUUGUCAUGUUAUUCGCAUUGAAUUCCCUCGUACUAUUUUAGAAGUAGUUAGUAAUAUGGCUUUCUCAGCUACCUAUACACUUACACCUUGUAAUUACUUUUAAUUUUAUCAUUUAGUUUGGUUUUA